UGAGGCGGCGGUAAGAUGGCGGCGAGCGGCGGGAGCGCGGCGCCGUGCCCGGCCGACGAGGAGCCGGCGGCGGGGGCCGAGGCCGAGGCCGGGGCGGGGCCGAGCGCGGGGUUCCGGCUGACGGCGGUGCGGCGGGAGCCGGCCGUGCGGCUGCAGCACGGCGCGAGCGGGCUGGAGCCGCUGGCCUGGUCCGAGGACCACCGGGUGUCGGUGAGCACGGCGCGCAGCAUCGCCGUGCUGGAGCAGCUCAGCGACGUGCACCGCGGCGGCCACGACAUGGUUAUCCACCGCACCGCCGUGCCCGCGCCGCCCGCCGCCUGCCUGCUCAAGGUUGGUCCCAAAAAGGAGGUUGCAGAAUGUAAGGAAAAGUUUGCCAGCUCUAAGGAUCCAACAGUUAGUCAAACGUUUAUGCUAGAUAGAGUAUUCAACCCCGAAGGAAAGUCACUAACAUCAAUGCGAGGAUUCAAGUAUUCAAGCUGGUCUCCUUUGGGCUGUGACGCUAAUGGAAGAUGUCUACUAGCAGCUUUAACGAUGGACAAUAGACUGACUGUUCACGCUAACCUCAACAGACUGCAGUGGGUGCAGCUAGUUGAUCUGACAGAAGUUUAUGGGGAGCGUCUUUGUGAAAGCAAGUACAGAAUUUCUAAGACCGAGGUGCCCCGAGGAGAUCUAGGGGACUUCUCUGAAUUUCAGAGAAGGCACAGCAUGCAGACUCCAGUGCGUAUGGAGUGGUCAGGUAUCUGCACCACCCAGCAGGUGAAACAUAACAAUGAAUGCCGGGAUGUUGGUAGUGUGCUCCUAGCAGUGCUCUUUGAAAAUGGUAACAUUGCAGUUUGGCAGUUUCAACUUCCUUUUGUGGGUAAGGAAUCCAUCACUUCUUGCAAUACCAUAGAGUCUGGAAUAAAUUCCCCUAGUGUCUUGUCCUGGUGGGAAUAUGAACACAACAACCGAAAGAUGAGCGGACUCAUAGUAGGGAGUGCUUUUGGACCUGUUAAAAUCCUUCCCGUCAAUCUAAAAGCAGUUAAAGGUUACUUUACACUCAGGCAACCAGUUGUCUUGUGGCAAGAAAUGGACCAAUUGCCAGUGCAUAGUAUCAGAUGUAUUCCUCUUUAUCAUCCUUACCAGAAAUGUAGCUGUAGCUUAGUGGUGGCUGCAAGAGGAUCAUAUGUGUUUUGGUGUCUUCUCCUGAUAUCCAAAGCAAGCCUGAAUGUUCACAAUUCCCAUGUGACAGGGCUUCACUCUUUGCCAAUUGUAUCUAUGACUGCAGAUAAACAGAAUGGCACAGUAUAUACGUGCUCAAGUGACGGAAAGGUAAGGCAGCUGAUUCCCAUCUUCACAGAUGUUGCAUUAAAGUUUGAGCACCAGCUGAUUAAGCUAUCAGAAGUGUUUGGCUCUGUGAGGACUCAUGGGAUAGCUGUAAGCCCAUGUGGUGCAUACUUAGCAGUUAUCACAACAGAGGGUAUGACAAAUGGCCUUCACCCUGUUAAUAAAAACUAUCAAGUUCAGUUUGUAACUCUUAAAACUUUUGAGGAGGCAGCCGCUCAGCUCUUGGAAUCUUCUGUUCAAAAUCUUUUCAGGCAAGUGGACCUGACGGACCUUGUGCGCUGGAAGAUUUUGAAGGAUAAGCACAUCCCUCAGUUCUUACAAGAAGCCUUGGAUAAAAAGAUUGAGAGUUGCGGAUCCACUUAUUUCUGGCGCUUUAAGCUGUUCCUUCUGAGGAUUUUGUACCAGUCGAUGCAGAAGACUCCCUCAGAAGUCAUGUGGAAGCCUUCACAUGAGGAUGCAAAAAUCUUGAUUUCCGAUUCCCCUGGCAUAGGCAGCACUGAAGAUGAUCAGCAAGAAGAAGGAACUUCUAAACAGACCAGCAAGCAGAGCUUGGGUGAUGUGAGCAGAGGCAUGGACACGGAGGACCUGGCAGAUGACUCUCUUCCUCAGUCAACUGAUGUAGGAGGCCGGGAGCCAAUGGAAGAAAAGCUUCUAGAAAUACAGGCACAAAUUGAGGCAGUAGAAAUGCACUUGACGCGGGAACACAUGAAACGGGUGUUGGGAGAAGUCUACCUCCACACAUGGAUUACAGAGAACACCAGUAUUCCAACCAGAGGAGUCUGCGAUUUCUUAAUGUCUGACGAAGGCUAUGACGACAGAACAGCACGAGUGCUGAUUGGGCAUAUCUUAAAGAAAAUGAACAAACAGACUUUCCCAGAGCACUGCAGCUUGUGUAAAGAGAUCCUGCCAUUCACAGAUCGCAAGCAGGCAGUCUGCUCCAAUGGACAUAUUUGGCUCAGGUGCUUUUUAACCUACCAGUCCUGCCAGAGUUUGGUAUACAGAAGGUGUUUGCUUCAUGACAGCAUUGCACGACAUCCAACCCCAGAAGACCCUGAGUGGAUCAAGAGGUUAUUGCAAGGACCUUGUACUUUCUGUGAUUCUCCUGUGUUCUAGACAACAGCUGUGGGAAGCUUGAGAAGGCAUUUUCUCUGCUGCAUAACACUCCCUUCAGUCUGGAAGGAGAAAAAGGAGUGGGAGCGCGCACACUGCUGGAGGGGAAAAAGACAUUCUCCUUAACCCUGUAAAUAGGACAUUGGAAGGCCAAGCAGCUCACAGUCCAGAGCCCUAUUUCAUACUCCAGAAGCAGGAGUACAUCUUCUAGGGAGUGUCUGGCACAGGGGUUUGACAAAGCAAUUUUGAGACAACCAGAGCUCCCGUUACAGCAUCAGCACUUGAUUGGGCACCUUUCCUUUCACUGAAAGAGGUCUGAAAUAUUGUAAGCGUGCAGUCUGACCUACCCCAUCUGUGUGGAAACCAGAUGUUUUCCUCCUGGCAUGUGGAGUGCUGGAGGUGCUUACUAAAGCCUUGGUGGGUAGAGAAGGCUUCAGCCUGCAGUGCCUCUUUGCUGUUAAUGAGCAGUGGCACUUACCGUACCACCAAAUAUUAAACUUUCAGAAAGAACUCGUGGUUCUAAUACAUUUCUUGUUGAGUGAUGUGCAUGCCACUUAAGUCAGCCAUUCCAUUAGGUGUCUUGCUGCAUAUCUACCAAAAGAGUUCCCAGUGUCUUUCCUAGAAUAGUUUUCAGGUAUUUGCAGUUAACAAGCUGAAAUUGGCUGUUAGUGCCAAAUACAUUCCAGGAAGUUUUACAUGCUAAUAGUUAUGUAAACUGUAUUAGCACUUGUCUAUUCUGUGUAAUAAGACACAAACCUAAACUGUAGAAUAUCCAGUGCUCUUAAAUCUCCUGUCCCUGCCACUUCCUCUCUCAUUUCUAGAUUACCAAUUUUGUGCCAACAUCUAUGCCUUUCAGUUAACUUCACCCUCUGCCUGUUGGAACCACACUCUCCUUCAUUGUGACCAAGCAACCAGGCUGUUUCUUCUUCCAACUGGACUGUGAGUGUCCUCAAAAACAUUGCAAUAACUUAGUGUGCAAGCAAGCAGUCACUUUUACUGGUCAGCUGUUCUCCUCAUGAAAGCACUAACUUAAAAGGAAAAUGACUGACUGCCACACUGAAAGCUUUGUCAGGAGUCAGAGGCUGUUCAUUCUAAGUCAGGGGAUGGAUGAGUGAUUACCUAAGGCAGCCAGCAGCAUGCCUGUGAAGGAACAUGCUCGAACCUGUGGUUAAUACGGUUGCUGUCUCGUGGGAAAAGUGGCCUUUGUAUCAUUGGGACCCAGUUCAUACAGGGCAACUUUCCUUUUUAACUCCUGCAGUGCUAGAGGCAUGAGGUUUCCAAUAUGAGUAUGACUCUAGAGAUAGGUCCGAUCUGGUUUGGUUAAGAACCAUCCCCCCCAAUAAUCCAAACUUCUGUAUAGAUCUUCACUUCCUCCUUAAAGAUGCCAGCUCACUGGAUGCUCCCCACAUAUAAAAAGGCAACUGAAAACCCUUUAUGGAAGCCCCGACUUCUGACCAGAUGCAUGAAUGCUUCCAUAAGCAAUUGAAAAUGGCAAGGAAUAAUCAAGAUGGUAUCCAAUACAUAUAUAAAUGGGUGCUUAAGUUUCCUUCAGUUACUGGCUAUGCAUAUUGUCUUCACACUCCUUGACCCCUCAUUAGGAACAGACAUUACUCUGCUAAUGUUUAGACAGACUAGCUGCUCUUAGAGUUCAGUACUUCAUACAUAGGGCAUGAUAGUGCUUCUACAAUAGACAAUAGUUCUAAUAUUGUACCAGAGAUGAAAGUGAUAAAGCACAGAUGCAUUUGUAAAAAAAAAUCACCAUAGCUUUGUUUGUAAAUAUCCCUGGAAGUGAGACCAUCUUUCUAGGAAAAGAAAUAUUUGGAGCUUUGUAUCAUUGUGCGUUAGACUGAACUCGCUUUCAUGCUAUUGUCACAAAAAGAAUUUGUAGAUCCCAGUGGCAGGCACUUGGCAAAGCAAGACAUUUGAAUCGGAGCCAGGUGGAAUGGUCAGAAUUGCCUGGCACCUAACCUUGUCACUGAGGCUGGUACAGCAGCUAUGGCAGCUGUAGGGUUCCUCUCUGUGAGGGAGAGUGUAUGCAUCGGCUUGGACUCAAAUUGGAUGCAGUCAUGUUCCAGGCUGGGCAGGGCAGAGUGAUUUUGCAAAACACAGUGUGUACAGUCUUGUAAAAGCCAACCUGACUUAAUGGCCAGUGAGUGUUCUCUUGCUCUUUCAAAGGGACCUCAACAAGGGAGAGGGUUAAGGAAGUUUUCCAAAGAUGCUUCAAAGUCCAACUUGGAUGGCAGGCUGGAGAUAUAUUAAAUCUUUGAUCCACGUACUGGUCCACCAAAACAUACUAGGUCUGGCAAAUGAGAAGGUACUAGAUGAUCACAUUCUAAUUAGUCUUACUUCAGGUCUACUAUAACACUUUAUGGCAGUUGUUCUUUCAGACAGUUCCAUGUAGAAGCUAGCAUUCCAGGCUGUUUUCAGCAUUGAAAGCUACCGAGACUAAGCUAUCAAGGUAAUGGACACUCAAAUGACAGUCAACAAGGUUGGUUGUAUAUUAAGGCAAUAGGGAUGGUAGCAUGUUAGCUCCUUUUGUGCUGUGUUUGGCCAGUCAAAAGGUAUUGGGGUAUAAAGCCAUCAUUUUUGCAUGCUCUUUUAUAAUUUUAUCCAAUUUGAAAAACAGGGCAAAGUUUCAGACAAGGCUAAUUUAGGCUGUGGUUUGGUCUUGCUGGAUUUUCCCAUCUCUCUCUAGACCCGUUGUCCUCCUCAGGCUGCUUUCUCCAGCAACACAGCUUGCACCUGUCAAGUGAUAUCUAUUCUAAGACUGGGGUUCGUCUUACUACUUUAAGGAGUGGAAAGCCUGAGGAGACUGUACCAGCGCCCUAAGCUGCUGUUCUGUAGAUGCGGGCAGUGGAGUAGGGUCUUAGCUUAAAAUACAUAGUGGAAGGCAGGCCUGAACACAAGUACAAGAGAUGAAAUUCUUGCACUAACCCAAAAGGGUGCAAUAUCCUAUAGCCAUCUUCAGUUUGCCAUACCCAAGGUACUAAUUAGGUUUCCUUUCUUAUACCAGUGAGGAAGAAAAAUAGUAAUGCAUUUGAUGCAGUAAUUGUACAGGAAGGCUAAUGCACCUUACUCUUGUUUGCUACUUCCAAAUUACAUACGACAACAGCACCUGUAGUCAUGACAGUCUUUCUAGAAUAACAUGCUCAGACUGUGGGGGAAGCUGACUGAAAUUUUGCCCCGAAGUUCAGAAUCUAGUUUUGUCUUGACCUUUCCCUAGGAGUCUGCACUGGUCUGAAGAUGAUCUUCCGAGGUCCCUUCCAGCCCUAAUGUCUAUGUAGGAGACCAGAGUAGUUUGGGUUUUUGGGAGAGACUUAGGGACAUCUCCUUAUCCACAGGAAGAUUUUUCUGUUGACCUGCAGCAAAUGCAGAGUGAGCACUGUGUGGCUUGCUGCUCUUGCUGUGCAGCUUUGCUUUGGUACGCGUCACCUCAGAGGAUUGCUCUGGAACCCUCCUGUGAUGAAAGCGGACAUACACAGCAGAGCAUGUUCUGCAAGUGUGAAAUCAGGGCAGGUCUCCGCUGUGCUGUAAUCUGGAUGUGGUUACCAGCAGAGGUGGACUCGUAACUGCUGCUUCCACCUGACUCACUUGAACAGUGGUUCUUAACCUUUCUGAGCCCACAGCACGUGACCUCCAGAAGUCAGAAGCAAAGCAGGGCAGUAAGCUUAGCACCACCUGAGUGUGACUCCAUUGCUUUUUCUUAAGGAGCAAGGAGGUGCAGAGCUGGUGAGGGUAAUUGCACAGCAUUAUCAGUGUUGGCUUAAGUCAGCAUCACCCAAGUUAGCUCUGUACAGGUUACCUCCCCAGCCUGGAAGCUGGUGCUGUACCCAGGCUAACUAGCAGCAUCUCAGCAGAGCCAGGUAGCCUGCCUGCAAUGCUGCAGUAAGGCAGCUACACUGAACCUCAUGUGGGAAGUACCAGUAGCUUGCAUGGAGCUUUGCAGCAGCUCAGCAAGGCACUUUUUUUAUCAUGGGUUCUCCACCAACAUUCGUACCUAUCCUUGUGGCCCAACUGGGUUUACAGAAGUGCCCACUAGUUAAAAACCAUGGUACUAGGAACAUAGAGACUAGCAUCUGGGUCCCAUAGUGACAUUAAUCCUCAAGGGCAGGCUGCAGCUGCCCCAGAGAGUCUGAGACAGGUUGCAGGGGACAUGGAAAAUUGAAGUUUUCCCUGCAACUGUUUCCUUCCCCCACCACCCUGCUUUCUUGGAAGCCCCAAUCACCACCCACCCCUGACCAAAACAAUGGACGUCAGUGCCUACAAAACACAGGUCUAGGUCCUUUGUUCCUUGGAAUUUAACUUCUUAAACUAGGCUGCUGUUGUAUGAAGGUACACUCUGAUAUUGGUACCGAAUGCAUUAUGUUUGUGGGAUACUCAGUGUCAAGUGAAGUUUAACAUUUCAGGGCUGGGAGAGAAACUGAGCUGCUGCUGUUGAACUAACUUGAAAAUACACUAGAGGUGAUGACAAAGGCUGAGUUCAAGCUGUCUGCUCUCCAUUUAGGGAUCGUUAGCUGCAGGUAAUCCCUAUUCUCUACUCAAUUUAACUUGUCGUUAUCCUUGACAAGAAACAGUUUCUUACACCAUUUAGAAAAGCUGAUACACAUGCUGAGGUCUAUCCAUGACCCUAAUCUUGCAUGGUUGGUAUGAAUCCCAACACCUUUGUGUUUUCACUGAAGGUCGCUACAACAGCUGAAGCAGCUAAUGUUUGCUAGCAUAGCUUUUUUCCAAGCCUCCCUCUGCCAGUAGUUUCAGGUAUUCUUUUAUGUUCUGCCAGUUUAAUGUGCACUAGAAAUGACUCUGCAUUGGAAUAGUAUAGAAGACUGAUGAAACAGAAUAAUAUAUUCAUACUGGGGUAAGGCAAGCAGAAUUGAGGGAGUGAGAAGAGAAAUGCAAGCUGCCAUGUGGAUUAGCAGAACAGCUUCUGCAGGCACAGCAGCUCCAGAUGUGCAGUAACUUGGUGUAAGCCUCUUUGUUGGCUGCCAAAGCAGCCUCCCUUGUGCUGCGGGGAAAGCACAGAGUGGCGCUGACUGGCCCAUGGGGGUCCCAGCCUUCCCUCCUGAGCCUGGGCUUUUGGAUGCGGGUGCAGUGAAACUCACUCAUAGCCCAGCCCAGCCUCAGCCAGGAGAUGAGGACUUAAUAUGGGAGGGCUCUUAAUUUAGAAACCAUGGCACUUAAACCCCAGUCUUUCAAAAGGAGCCCAAUUUUGUGUCCCUUCCAUAAGGCAAGUGUAUCCCUGUUUGUUUCUAGAGGAGAGAGAUUAAUGGUUACUACUAAGGCACAUCCAAUAAAUAUUUCCUUGUGUUUCUCAAACUAAGAAUUUCCCCAGUGGUUUAAGUAUCAGAAUAACUUUAGUUGUAACGAAAGAAAAUGCUAACACACUGAGCAUAAGGAGUCCUUGACAGGAGAGAAUACAAUGGAAACGUUGAUAGUUCCAGCAGAAGGUUGACAUGCCUAUUUUUUUUUUAACCUUAAAAAAAAAAAAACUUUCAUAUCAGUUUUGUGCGAUUAUUCUCCAUAUCAUAGGGAGUUGGUUGGCGCAAGAGAUUAAUAUCCGAAACACACCCCUUCCCUUGUCACUGGAUCCGAUAGGUCCGCAUCCGUAUUUUGGCAAACUGGAAUUUAACUGUAGGUACAACUUCAUGACAGCUUCAGCUGCCCAGCCCCUCUACUAUGUAGCCUUGGUAGAGAGGUCAAGGAAAGUUUGCCAUCUUUUCCUUAGGAGUACAAGUGGGGAGAACGAUACUGCCCAAAUGUAAAUAUUUAAAAAGCACUUUUUUUUUUUUUUAAGAGGAGAAAAAGAGGCUCAGACAAAAUUCCCUGUGUAUAAGGCAUACAGAAGUAACCACAUCUUGUCCGUGAUUGGCUAUAGAGUUGGCAUCCUCUCUUUACUUUCACUAUCCUACCUUCUCUUCAUGGAGCAGCCAGGCACAUGAAGAGGCAAUACCUCAGCUCUGCUAUUCCAAAUUGAGCAGCGGUAACUAGUUUGUGUUUUAUCUACUAGCUUUCACUGUCUUCAUUCUGGGAGCUACCUCUGGCUUAGUUCAGAUGUUAGGGUAGACUUGCACCAUAUAUUUUACAUGCACACACACUGGUUACUCUAUAUAGCAUGAGCUUUUGGGAGCUGAGGCUCACUUCAUCUGAUGCUGUGAGCUUCAAUUCACAAAAGCUGGUGCUAUGUAUCUACUUCACUUAGUCUAUGAGGUGCAAAUCUACCCUGCCUUCUACUGGUCUUCAGAUUAACACAGCUAACUACAUUUCUCUCAGAUCAGGUGCUUUCCAGAGAGUAGAAAAUGGAGAAGGGGGGGCAGGGGGGGGGUUAGCUGUCUUACAGCUAAGAACUUGGCCUAUAUUUUUAUGUAUUUAUUUAUUUAUUUUGCAGCUGGGAAUCAUGAGUGCCCAUCCUUUUUAUCCUUCCAAAAGGUGGAAGUCAGAGACAGAACCUAAAUAUUUUGGAAGUAAAAUAGAUUUGUAGUUAAUUAUAAUUAACUACAGGGUAGCUCCUGUUGUUGGCUCUCCCCCUGCAGUCACUCCAUUGCAUGGCAUCUCAGAUCCGAUACAAAUGCACAGGAUCAAGUGUUUUCAGUCGGACCAGCUUGAAGGCUGAUGUAGCUGAUGGGGUGCAGCUCUAGGCAGAGAUAAGUUUACAGCUGCCUUAGUAAAACUUUCAGUGGGGAAUCUUAUCCUGGUUUUUAGGUAAAAUGGGAGGCCCCACUUCAGCACUGGUGAGGAAAAACUCAAGCUCCAUUUAGGAUGCCAGAGUCAAGUGGAAAGAGCAAAUACAACCCAGGUUAGUUACUUUCUUUAAUCAUACAGCUGUGUACUCCAGCAUAGCAUCUGCAUUUAACUCUAGCAAAGGGCCACACAUGUAUAUCUUCAUUACAACCAUUACAACUACAGCCACAACCUGUACUAAUCCUAAUCUGUGUUCAGCUUUCAACUGUACAAAAUGUGAGACUAUUUUUACACAGGAGAUGUUCCCAGACCCUCCGUGAGAGAUUGAAAAUUGAUCCUGUUUUCUGGGGAAAAAAGAAAGAAAGGAGACAUGGGGCUUUUCACUAUUUUUUACUGUGAUGCCAAAUUUUACUUUUCCAAAGCUCUGAAACCCCUGCUGCAUUGAAUCUGACACAUGCGAGCUCACUGCGUCACUCCCGAUUCUGUGCAAAGGGAGUUGCUUUCAUUGUUGCAAUGCAGCCACCCUCGAGGACGUUCAUGGCACACAUUUACUAGUGUGGAUUACACUACCAACCAGGGCUGGAAGUGAAGGAUUUCUCUACGUUAUCCUAGACUUCAGUGGGAUAAUCCAGAACAUAAAUACUGGAAUUGGGAGUUUCCGAAUUAUAAGAGACUAAAGCACUGCUGUCACUUGGAGGUGAUGACAAGGGGUCACAUUAACCCUGGGCCAUUUUUAUUUAACACUAUUGCCAGGUAGCCAGCCCUAGAGUGGAGUCAAGAGCCAUCCAGUGGACGGCGUCAGUGAGUUGGUAUUUGAAUUAACCUGGCAAUCUAAUCUUCACAUGCCCGAGGCCUUUUUGAACUAGCUUUUUGGGCUGGGAAGGUUUUCCCUGGGAGGCCGCUCGGCUGCCAGGCUGAAUGGAAGGGCAUUUGUUUUGGUGGGGUUUUUUAAAAUCGCUUCCGUUCCCAGAUUUCCUGCACAUUUCAGAUUUGGUUGGUGGGAGGGUCUGACAACGUUGCUGUGAAUAUUGAUGCUGUAUAUAUGGCGGUUUUUGUAAACGUGAAGCAAACUUGGAUAAUGUGUUUUGUAUACUGCGACAGUAGCAUUGUAAUCCUACUCCCCUUUUUUAAUUCUAAGUAAAUAAAUCAAUAAAUACAA